UUUAUCUCUUGUGUGGACGUUAUCAUACUGGAAGAUACCAAAGUGGCGCUUGAAGGAGGCAUCCAAGCAUGGAGACACCACUGGAUGUUCUGUCAAGAGCAGCAUCAUUUGUUCAUGCCAAUGAAGAAGAGAGUGAAGCAGCUCUGAGGGGGGACCCCAGGCUCCAGUCCUUGUCCCUAUCCUCAUCCUCCUCAUCAUCCUCCUCUUCAUCAUCCUCCUCCUCAUCUUCCUCCUCCAUUUCCAGCCACAGGACAGGUCCUCCCCCCAUCAGCCCUACCAAGAGGAAGCUGAAUGGGGACCAGGGGGACAGUGACAUGGACGACAAUGAGCAUGUGGCAAAGAUGAGCCGACUGUUUGCUGCACAGCUGAAACCUAAUGGAGACUACCGAAGUUCUCCCGUCUCUAAGGACCGGAGCCGGAGCCCCAUCGAACGUGUGGUGGUGCCCAGCGGUCUGGGAGUCCACAGCAACCACCUGUACAGCCACGCCCACCACCACCAUCACCAUCUGGCCAGCUUAGCCGGUAUGGACCAGCCACUGGCACUCACCAAAAACAGCAUGGUGGAGUCUGCACGUGGCAGCACAGCAGCUAUGACCACAGUGCCGCACACAGUCAGCGCCGUGGAACGUCAGCAGAAUCGUCCAUCUGUGAUCACAUGCGCCCCAGCCAACAACCGCAACUGCAACCUGUCUCACUGUCCAGUCUCCCACAACGGCUGCUCAAGCCUCACUAACAAUUACAGGAGAAUCAACACCAACACAGCCUGCGACCCAGUAAUUGAAGAGCAUUUCCGCCGCAGCCUCGGGAAGAACUACAAGGAGCCUGAGCCCGCUGCCACCAACUCGGUGUCCAUCACAGGCUCGGUGGACGACCACUUUGCCAAGGCGCUGGGCGAGACCUGGUUGCAGAUCAAAAAUAAAGGGAGCCCCUCGUCAUCUGGCAGCAGCCCAAACUCCUCCCCCGACAGUCAUAUGGUCAAUCACAACCACUCCCCCUCCGUGGUCUCCUGAAGGGGGAGGGAUUUUAGAAGGAAGGAUUUGCCCGUUUCCCUAGCCCUCCCAAUCAUCCCAGCUCCAACACCCAUGCCCCCGUCACUCCUGGUCUGUCACCAGCAUCCCAGAAGGAAUGCCUGCCUGCUGGUCUCCUAAAAAACAUCCACAACCCUCAAGCCUACUCUGUCUUUCUGUGCACUCAUAGAGGAUCAUCAAGCAAUAACAAAAUGGGUUUUUUUUUUUUCCUUCUGUCCUCUGGUAGGCUAAUGCCAGACAACAAUCAGUAAUGAGUGAUGAGGGCUCGACUUGGGGACUGACUGGAGCAUUAAGCUGCUCCUUCCAUUCAUUCAUCAUCCCUGCAUAUCAAGCUUGGAGCUGAGCAAGUGUCUGUAGUUAUAUGUACAUAAAGAGAGAGAGGAAAGGCAGUGUUUUAAUUAUUAAUUUUCGUUUCUUUAACAGUAGUUUUGUGUACUGCUUCUGCAUUAUGAGAUGCCUGACAUUUGAUAGAAAAGAUAAGAAACACUUUGGAGAAAAUAAUCUCAAACCACCUGCCUGUGUUACCAAAGAAGCAUUAGACGCUGAUGUUUAUGCAUGCCCGCAUCAAAAACACAACAACAAAAAGCCAUUGUUUAGCCUCCUCCUUCUGUUCUAUCUUUUUUUUAUUCUCUAACCUUCCUUCUCUCUCCCCCUUCUCUCCAGUGUAUGUGUUCAGGUGAUUCUAUUACUGUAUGUGUAUACUCAAGCGAUCGACUUGGUCUGAUUUGCACUACUGCAGUAGAGGGUAAAGGCUGGCAUGUCCAUGUUGCAAUCUGGCCCUGCACGCACUGGGUCUGAUGAAGCCGAUUUUGACUUCAAUCUGAUCUCCCAUUAACUCCUGUUUAAAAUUCACUUCGGGCAUAAUUUCAUCCUGGCCAUGACGUGAACAGUCUAAGCCUCAUUAUUAUGCAUUAUUUAUUGAAUGCAAUCCUAAAAAAACAAUGGAAAAAUACAUACCAGUGUUGGGCAGUACAAAAUGGUAGCUAUAUGCAAAGUAAUAUGGAUUUGAAUACCAUGUGUCCCAAUAUAAAAAGAAUUUUGUCACAUCACAGCAUGUUGAGUUGUACAGCUGCUAACUUAAAAAAAACAAAAACAUGUUUGCGUGGGAAGAGAAAGUGGGUGAAAAAACUUUGCUUGUAUUGUCACUGGCAACCACUGUCAGGUCUGACUGACUAAAACCAAGCCAUAUCCUAACUGUUGGUCCAUCUCUUGGUUCUGACUGUGUAGCGUGUGUAGUUACCGUUAAGUAAACUGAUCCCUCCCCACCAGCACUUGACAGAUUAUCAGUCCACAUUACGUCAGAGUUGUGGGUGCAGAGAGCUCUCCUUAUUAAGGGUAGGGGUAUAAACAAUCAGAUAAACUGUGGCAGGAACUAGCCACUCUUAAAUUUAAGUAAACAUCUGUUACUGUGGACACUGAUAGAAGCAGUAAUCCCCCAGCUGCUAUAUUAUGCCACUUCCCCGGAUAACAUCCCCAAAACAAGGGUACAAGUCGGGUAAAUCAAGGAUAAACUCAUGUUUCACCCUUUUUAUGGUAACUUCAAAAUAUAUUAAGAGAUUUUGUCUAUAGCUGCCAUGAGAAGUGUAAGGAAAGUUUUAUGUGCCAGUACAAAAUAUCCAAAGGAAAACCCCGUAAAUUCACUCCACUUCCAGCCUGCAAUUCACUUCACGUAAACUGGAGUGGAAAGUAUGAGGAGGUUGUGGCCAGAAUUAGUUUUUUUCACCCACUCACCUCUCUUCACCAUUCUAUUGAGAUUUUUAACUAUAUAACUUGAUAAAUCUUCAGUAUUCAAAAUAAAUUGGGAUAGCAAAUGCAUCACAUGGCCCAGCCGGCUACAUACAGAGCCGGUAUGUAUGAUCAACUACACAUAUAUCCAAUCUGUGAAUUAAUCAGUGUUGAUCAGUAUCGGCAUGGAUAAAUAUAUUGCUGCCCCAACCAAAACAUACAAAACUACUUCAUCUGCUUAAAUUGUGCCAAGCUGUUGCAUGGCGAUUUUACAAGCGCGGUCAGGUUAUCAAAUCGGUUAACUGUGGUGUUGACGGACAUCACAACCAUUAUGAGAGGAGUUUAGGACUGAAAACAAAGUUGUACAGCCUGCAGUGCGUUAAAGAUCGGUGUUUGCUGAACAAUGUGCUUUGAUGUGUUUCACAGGCUUAACCGUUGACAGUGAUGAGGGGUUAGAUGACACUACAUGUCACUUUGUGGUUGAAAGAAGAAAAAAAAGUCUGGUUUCUCGACCGGGGGAGAGAUGAUUAUUCAGAUCUCUUCAAACACACCUUUGUUUUUGUACCUCUUUGAACAUGGGUGUUGUAAUUACAUUUGGCUAACACCCUGCCAUCCCUCCCUUCCCCCCUCACCUACACACUGUGGUUUGGAAGAUUUCUACAAGGUUUGAAGGGUAAACUGAUGCUUUUUACAGAUGCAUGUUUUUUUUGUUUUGUUUUGUUUUUAAUAGCUGGUAUCUAUUAGUGUUUUUAAGCAUUUCAAUCUUAACUACUAUUAGCCUUUUCAUUCGGAUGUUAGUUGUUACUUCUUUCAUUUUUAGUAACGGACAGACACUAUACACUCACUGCUGGGUCAGUUGUACUCCAUAUUAUUAUUGUUAUUGUUAUUACAAUUUUGUAUUUUGUUUUCCAUUAAUAUCAGUAUGGUAACAAACAUCUGUAGUGGGACAGCCUCCGGACAGGCUCUGUUUAAUGAUGAGAGCUGCGUUUCUCAAAACCAUCUCGGCACGAUAGACGAUUUGCUCACUCCUGCAGCAGAGCCGUGAUCGUUCUGGUGUUGAGUUGGCUUUGGCACACGCAGCCCGUUAAGGUUUUCAUAAGAUGUUGAUCCAUCGGUGGUACAGGAUGCUACAGCCUUCAGCGUGACUGAGCUGAGACACCAAAUUGGCACAAAUUAGUCCACAGGGCCUUGUUUUCCGCAAAGGCAUCUUGGCCUAAGACAAAGAAAAAUGACUUUAUUGUUGUGAGUCGAUUUGGGUGCCGUCUUAAAAUCACCACCUUCAUACCAGCCUUUACCCACCUUCUUGCUGCAGUCCAAAAAGUACUUAGUAGAGGACAAGCUAGGAGGCUAUGAAGCUUUUGGAAAACAAGGUAUUGUUUACAACAAGAGUUAGUGAUGACGGCUCUCAAACGUCUUUUUGACCCUUACAAAAGUGUCGUAAAACGAUCACACUAAGAAUAAUUUUGUACGACUAAAGCAAAAAAUAACAUCUCAAAAAUAGCAUUGAAAACACUGGAGAGAUGCUAGCGAACAAAAGAACACUUUAUUAGUGGUUAUCUGAAUUUAAGCUCUCUCAACCCUUAGCAGUUGACUUUUUGUGUUCUGACUUGGUGUCCAGACUUUUUAUUUGUAUUUCAUCGCUUUCCUUUCUGAAAAACAUUGUGUUGUGGCUGCAGUUAAGCUAGACUGCUGCAGUCUGAAAAAAUGAAUUUUACUCUAUGAAAGACCCUGCGCCAAGGUGGCAUACAUUCCUCCUAUAGGGAACUUUGUACAGGCCUCAUACACACUCAGUAUCUCCAUAAUCAACAGACCGAGCUAAUAACCAGCCAGGGCCACUUGUCCCAGGAGCUCCCUGUCGACAGUUUCCUGCAUCUUUACCGAAAUAACAAGGUUUCGAGGUUUGCUCUUUUUGGCCACAAAUCUAUACCGUGUGACAAAGGAACAACCGAUGCCAUAACAAUUUUGACAACAUUCAGAGCGUAGAAAUUGGAGAAGUGGGGUCGGAAAAAAGUUCAGUGUAAUUCUGCAGUAAAGGGAGAGAAUCAUUUCAUGUCUCUGAGAUGAGGUUAAUAGGUGACAAGGUCUGGUUUAGGUCAUUUUUGUAGAAUAUGACGAGCACAUCCAGUACGGAGUUCUCUACGUGGAACAACAAUGUUCUAGAAUGUCCACACAUUCCAUCCGCAACUAUCAGAACAGAUGUGACAGAACGAGAACUGGUGGUAAAUGUUAUAGAAUGCCCAAAUUUUGGAUCAUAACCCAACUGACAGGGACUUCAUUUCUAUAGCAGAUAAGUCCUCUACCAUCUCAGUGGGCUUUCCUUGACAGGUCCAGAGCGGUUUGGACGGUGAUUUAUGGCUGGGCGACGGGGGAUGGGGUGUUGUGGUGGCAGAGCUUCAGGAGCUGAGCUUCUGUAAGCACGGUCUGUGAGCCACAAGAUGUUCAGCUGCUGCUCAAAGUCUUUUCACAGUGACACCUCCUCCUCCUCCUCUCAGAUUCCGUUGACUCUGAUUGAGAUUGGAUGCAGUUGGCAAUUUACGAGAAAACACGUGGGAAAAGGGCUCGGUGUCCAGAAGAUUUUGUUUUUCUAUUAUUAUUCUUAUUAUUAUUUCACUACCACCCUGUAGGUAGGAGGCUCUCUUUCUGCUUCGGCACACACUCCCUACACACUGUAGGAAAAUCACUUAAGAAAAAAAUACUUUUUUAUAAUAGGUAACUAUAAGACCAUCAUUACGCUGUGCGUAACGAAUGUACAGAGAAAAAAAUCGUAGGUAUUUUUUGAGGAACAAUUAAUUUGUUAAUGAUAUGUAGCUAUUUAAUUGUUGUUUUUCCCUGUCCUUGUAUUGUAAUCAUUGCCUUUUCUUUUUUUGUGAAAAAAGUUGAUCUUUUUUGUUUAUAGAGUUUGUCUUGUUAGAGUAAAGGUUCAAGUGCAGGAGCACAGUAAAUGUAUGAAACCACAAUAAGCCACUGGUGUGUCGGUGACAAUCGCUACUUCCAUUGGUCCCUGAUGUUCUGCAAUCAUUUAACUUGUGUUUUACCAUGUGACGUCUGAGACAUCUGAACAAACGUUUCACUCAUGAGCAAAGUGAGUUUGUCCUGUUAGCAGGCUCUUGAUCAGCUAGCAUGUUCUGCAUCGAUGGAACAGAAUUAUUUUUGCCACUAGCCCGGUGCAUCUUGUCGGCCAUUUCCAAACCAUUUGCAUUGAACUUUAAAAAUCAACAUUAGUCAUGGGCUAGCAGGCAGGUAAAAUUUCCACCACUGCAUGUAAGCAAUACAAAUUGUGGGUUUUGGAAGUCUUUUGAUGACUGUUUUUGGUUUACAGAUGGGGACUGAGCUACAAGUAAAACCAUCAGUCUAUUUGAGAACAUUUGUCGGGUUGGUUUAGCUUGUCAUAACACUAAAGCUUAGCCGAUGAAAAUCUGAGAGCAUACGUUGUGCUUAAGUUCAUCUGCUUCCUUGCCUGUCAGUGAGGCUGAGAUGAGCCAAGCAGCAUAUGAGCUUUGGGGAUGUCACGGUUCCCAUCUGUAGAGGCCAUUUUGCAUCUGUAGACAACAUGAAAAAUUGUGAGAUAAAUCAAAGAGGAGUUGGUCUUUACUCUGACUGUACGACAUUUUCCAGGUCCUUUUUUGAAGUGGAAGUAGCACGUACUUAGUGGUAGUAAUACUCUGAACUGUAAAAAAAAAAAAAAAAAACAACAAAAAAAACAAAACAACAAAAAAACAAAAAAAACAAAAACAAAAAAAACAAACAAAACGAUUUGUAUCAAGAAAACAACAGUCAAUUUGUGGCUCUGUGUCUCCUCCUACUAAAAAGGUUUUGGCAGGCCACCUUUUUUGUACGUAAAGUAGCCUUGAUGAACAAUAAAGUGCUU